AUGUGUCGUCGCGUCAGCAGCCGCGGACUCCUCACGUGCGGAUCACGCGCCGCAUUAGCCGCCGGGCAAGCUGUGUCGCGGCGAUCGUCGGCGGUGAGGAGUUUUUCCGCGCGGAGGUCCGUGCCCUCGGCCCACUCAGAAUCGAAUGAUAAGCCUAAUUCAAUAAGGGCGAGCCCGGAGGCCGGGGCGGGAUCGCACCCCCCGGCAGGCCAAUGGCCACGGGUGCGCCCCGUCCCAGCUCCGCCAUUGGACGCCCGUUCGCCAUCUCGCUCGCACGGGGGUGCGUGUCACGACACUCGUCUACUUUUCUUUUCGCCGACAGUUCCUUUGUCAUUGAGGAAAAUAAAAAAGUUC